AUGAAACUCACGAAGCAGAACGGGUUUCACCACCCGUGGCUUGGACGGAUCGAGUGCCCAACGGAUCAAGUGUCACGCGGUCGGUUUCCUUCUCAAACAACAAUCACACCACAAGAAAACAACACCCUACAGAUCGAGAUCCAACACGGCUCGAGGUUGCGCGGCUCAGGACUCUUGCCAGUUCAGGGACUAUGCGCGACUUGGAUAUCGCCUCGGGUCUCGCAUAAGCCAAAACCUCACACAGGCCGGGGCUCGCGACAACGUGGCAAGCUUCGGAUUGAUGGAUCGGUGUCACGGCUCCUUGCCCGAUUCGGAGAAAGACACGGCUCGGCGACGGCACAACUCGGGGACAACCAAGCUUUCUACGAGUCGGGAUCUAACCGUGGCUCAAACUAG